AUGGCAAACGCUUUAUUCAACAUCAGUAGUAAUGGUAGCAGCAAUACCCAGAAUGCUCUGACAUGGAAAGUUGUCCCAAAUGAAUUGACUAUGGCGAUGUUCAUCAUCUUUUUCAUCUUGAUUGUAUGCGGCAAUAUCUGGGUAAUGAUCGCUGUAGUUCGCCAGCCUAAACUACGUAAAUCAUCGACUUGUAUGUUCAUUAUUUCACUCUCUUUCUCCGAUCUUAUGAUGGCGUUUUUCUACAUUCCGAUGCAAAUGGCUUACGUGGGAUUCGGCUUGACUGGAAUGAGUAGCGUAGUGCUGUGUAAGGGGUCAGCUUGGCUACAAUGGGUUGCUCAGUGUGCCACGAUAUUUUCUUUAAUCGGAAUAGGAAUCGACAGAUACCGAGCAAUAGUUCAACCACUUCACCCUAAACUGACAAGAACAGAUGCAGCUGUGUGUAUUACUGUAACAUGGAUCUGUGCUGGGGCAUAUUCUAGUCAUCGAAUGUACGUAUUGGACAUAGUUACAUUUACAUAUCCCGUAGGUUUCAAUGUGACUGUAUCUACAUCAGUAUGUGCAGUGCCAUCUGAUAAAUAUUACCUAUUAAGUUAUCUUGAAGUUGGUGACUUUCUUGUGAUGUACUUAGUUCCACUAAUAAUUAUAUGUGUGAUGUACGCCAUAAUGGUAUCCAGUCUGUGGUUCAGUUCCGCUCCAAAUGAUGAAUCCAAAAAAAGAAAAAGAAAAUCUGUUAAAAUGUUAAUCCUGGUCGUAGUGUUAUUUUGCAUCAGUUGGUUGCCAUGGAGAUGUUUUUCUCUAUACUUUCAAUUGACGAACUUCGCAUCAAUUCCAGUUAACAUUUUUAUAUGGAGUGACGUCAUAGCUGCAAUUUGCAUAACAUUGUAUCUUACCAAUAGCUGGGUGAAUCCAUUUCUUUACGCCUAUUUCAACCAGCAUUUUAGGAAAGAGUUUUAUCGGUUAUUCCCCUGUAUGCUAAAAAGGCAAUCUAAAGUUGUCCCUACUAAUACACCGAAUGUUAACAUAAUUGCCUCAAAUUCAGUUAAUGCCACGCUGUCGUAA